AUCGCCGCCCCUGCCAUCACCGCCCACACCUUUCCUGCAUCACCCGCACCCUCUGCUACCGUCACCACCCCUGCUGCCAUCACCGCCCCUCUGCCAUCACCACUCCUACUGCCGCCAUCUGCCAUCACCACCCUACUGCCCAUCACCGCCCCUGCUGCCGCCUCGCCGCACCUGCCAUCCGCCGCCCCCGCUGUCGAAACGCACCUCUGCCAAUCACUCUGCCCCCUCACCAUCGCCGCCAUCUGCCACUAUUACAUCUGCUGCCAUCACGCUUCGCCUCUGCUGCCGUCGCCGCCCUUGCUGCCGUCGCCGCCAUUGCUGCCAUCGCGCCGCCUCUGCUGCAUCGCCUGCGCAUCUGCUGCCAUCGCCGCCCCCUGCUGCCGUCACCCGCCGCCCUGCCAUCGCCGCCGCCCACUGCCAUCGCCUUGCGCACUCUGCUGCCGUCCGCCGCCUCUGCUGCCAUCACAGCCGCCCCUGCUGCCGUCACCACCAUCUCUGCAUCGCCACCGCAUGCUGCCAAUCGCCACCGCCUGCCAUCGCCGCUACUCAACUGCUGCCAUCCGCCGCCCGCCUGCCGUCGCCUUGCCUCUGCUGCCAUCACCGCCACCCCUGCCGCCGUCUUACGCCCACUGCCAUCACCACCCAUGCUGCGUCGCCGCCCCAUCAAUCCGCCGUCUUGCUGCCCCUGCUGUCACCGCCCAUGCCUGCAUCACCACCCCUCUUGCCCAUCGCCGCCAUGCCCAUCGCCGCCCAUGCUGCGUCACUAUGCCCUUUUCUGCGUCGCUGACGCUGCUACCGUCACUGCCGCCCCUGCUGCAUCGCCGCCAUACUGCCGUCACCACCGCCUGCCGUCGCCGCGCACUCUGCUGCCAUCGCUGCCACCUCUGCUGCCGUCCGCUGCCCCCUGCGCCGUCACCGCGCCACUGCCGUACCGCACUCUGCGCCAUCCGCACUUCGCCCCUGCUGCCAUCUGCCCUUACUGCCAUCACCGCCGCCCCGCCGCCGUCGCACCCACCUCUGCCAUCCUUGCCACCCUCUGCUGCCAUCGCGCCGCCCCUGCCAGCCGUCACCCACCCUUACUGCCAUCCCCGCCGCCCCAUCCCUGCCGUCACUACCGCACUCUGCUGCCAUCACGCCGCCUCUUCUGCCGUCGCUUAG